GGCGAGGCAGUAUAGUAUAUACCGAAAGCCUGGAACUAAAAUAUGAAAAUAACCAUUAAAACAUAACCUCACUUGAUUUCUCUAGUGAAAUGUUAUACCUUUGAAAAAUAAUAGUAUUUAAUUUAAUUUUGUGUAAAACUUUUGAAAUUUAUUCACUUUUACUACCAGUAUUGUAUGCAAAAAUAACAUGGCUGAUACUUCAAAACGGGAACACAAAGAAGACAGCGAGUCCGAACACUCGGAUGAGUGGAUAGGUCCAACCCCAGCGGAGGCAGCACCACCCAAAAAAAGAAAAGUUUUGCAGUAUGAAAAGCUCUACUUGGACAACUUGCCCAAUUCGGAAUCAUAUGAAAAAAGCUUCAUGCACAGAGAUGUUAUUACUCAUAUUGUAGCCACAAAAACAGAAUUCAUCAUAACAGGAAGCUGUGACGGGCACGUGAAGUUCUGGAAGAAGAUGGAGGAGCUGAUAGAAUUUGUGAAACAUUUCCGUAGCCACCUCGGUGCAAUAACAGAUAUGACAGCAAACUACAACGGGACAUUGCUGUGCACUGUGGCAACGGACAAAAGUGUCAAGGUGUUCGACGUCAUUAACUUUGAUAUGAUCAACAUGAUGAAGUUGAAUUAUAUACCUCAAUGUGCCGAGUGGGUACACAGCCUCGGAGACGCAAUUCCAGCUGUUGCUAUUGGAGACUCAGCCAGUAAUGCAAUAUAUAUUUACGAUGGGAGAGGCACGAACGAACCCCUGAUCAAAUUGGACAAACUUCACCUUAAACCUGUUUCCAUCAUUAAGUACAAUCCAGUGUUUGAUGUGGCGGUGUCUGUGGACUCUGCUGGGAUACUGGAGUACUGGGGCGGAGCCAGACAGGACUACAAGUUCCCUAAAUGUGCCAAAUUUGAGUCAAAACUGGACACAGAUCUCUUCGAGUUUGUCAAACACAAGACACAGUUAUUUGGGCUGUGUUUUUCACCGGAUGGUAGCAAAUUUGCUACAAUUUCUGCUGAUCACAAGGUGCGAGUGUUCAAGUUUCUAACAGGAAAACUGACUCGGGUCUUCGAUGAAUCCCUACAGAGGUUCUCAGAACUCCAACAGAAGAAACAGCAACUUCCCAACAUGGAGUUCGGUAGAAGAAUGGCUGGAGAACGAGACCUGGAGAAGUCGGAGAGUUUGAAGUUGAGCAACCUGACGUUUGAUGAGAGCGGGUACCUGCUGCUGUACCCUACCAUGCUGGGCAUCAAGGUGGUCAACCUGCACACCAACCGUUGUGUGCGACUCCUUGGCAAACCUGAGAAUCUACGGAUACUUCGAAUAGCUCUCUUCCAGGGAAAGCCAAAGAAGACAAAGGCAGCGAUGACUGUGGAGCUGGAGGCUUCGGAAAAUCCAACUCUGGACUCUCUCACUCCGGAUCCUGCCAUCUUUUGUACAGCGUUCAAGAAAAAUCGUUUCUACAUCUUUACCAGGAGAGAACCGGAGGACACCAAGAGCGCUGAAGCAGACAGAGACGUCUUCAAUGAGAAGCCAUCCAAGGAAGACAUCAUUUCAGCAACAGAGGCUUCUAGUGUCCAACGGCUCUAUGAUAGUGCCAUCAUCCACACGUCGCUGGGAGACAUCCAUGUGACGCUGUUCAAGGAAUGUCCUCGCUCUGUGGAGAACUUCUGUGUGCACAGCAAGAACGGUUACUACAACGGCCACAUCUUCCACAGGGUCAUCAAGGGCUUCAUGAUCCAGACAGGAGAUCCUACAGGAACUGGGGCUGGAGGGGAGAGUAUCUGGGGAGGUGAAUUUGAGGAUGAGAUCAGAUCUAACUUGAAGCAUGAUCGACCUUACACUCUCAGUAUGGCAAAUGCAGGGCCCAACACCAACGGCAGUCAGUUUUUCAUCACUGUUAUACCCACGCCCUGGUUGGACAACAAGCACACUGUGUUCGGUCGAGUUGUCAAGGGCAUGGAGGUGGUACAGAACAUCAGCAACGCUAAAACGAACGCCAAGACUGACAAGCCUUACGAUGAUAUCUCAAUCAUCAGUGUUACUGUUAAAUAAAUUUAGAUAGUAGUGUAUUCUCUUGUACAUACAUAAUUGUAAAUAUAUUUCAUUUUAUAAAA